CUCUAUGAAAUGCUUAAAAUUGCGAUGAUGAUUGAAAUCUCUACUAUUCCACCAUAUCUUUACGCUUUAUACUCAAUAAAACCUGGAACAGAAAUUGGUGAUGAAGUGAGAGAUCAAAUUCGGCAUGUCGCUGCAGAGGAAAUGUUACAUCUGUCGCUUGUGGCGAAUCUUAUUACUGCUAUUGGUCGACAACCUAAAUUUUAUUCCCAAGAAAUGAUUCCUUUCUAUCCGAACCCUCUUCCGCAUAUAAAGCAAGGCUCACUUGUUAUCCAUCUUUCAAAAGCAAAUAAAACUACUCUCGAAACUUUUAUAAAUAUUGAAAAACCUGAUACUGAUCAAAUGACAAAUGUGAGAAUGGAUGAAGAUGAAUUUAAUGCUGAUAGCAUUGGUGAUCUUUAUGAUGCUAUUAAAACAAUCUUUAAAUCUCUUGAUAAACAACAUCGAAUUAAGUACAAUACGCUAUUUCAGCUUGGACCUGGAAUGGGUUACGCACCUAGUUCUGGUGAUAAAAAUUUUGAAGGAUUAAUUCUCGUCAAGGAUUGCGAUGAUGCUAUAAAAGCUAUUGAUUUGAUUAUUCAUCAGGGUGAAGGGGGUAAGUGCAUUGCUGUAAAAGUAAAUGCUACGAUCAAUGUAAAAAUUAGUGGUGGAAUCAAAGACAUCAAAGACGGAAGCAAAGUAAAAAUCCACGGAGCAAUCGAAGUAACAUCUGAAAAAAGACCUGAAGAAAAAAAAAACGGAACCAUAAAAGGAACGAUUGGAGUGAAAUCAUGUAAAGAUGGUAAAAUUAUUGGGGAAAUAUAUGGAAAAGUAUUAGGAGAAAUUAGAGGAAUUAUAAAGGGAACUGUCGUCGAUGAAGGAAUUGUAAUAAACGAUAACGAUAAAGUAUCUGUAAUUAACGGUGGAGUAAUUAAAAACGGAGAAAUCGAUGAUUCACAUUAUGCAGUAUUUAGUUAUUGUUUAAGUGAAAUUGAAAGUGCGUCUGAAUCAGACUAUCAACUUUGGCCUGUUGUUGACGAUCCAAACACUGUAAAUUACACCGACCCACUUAGUCAAGAAGUUGGAUCAUAUGCUAAUCCAAAUAUCGUCACUACUCUAAUCGCUUUUAACGCUGCCUAUUCUUAUCUUAUGCUCUUAUUACAAACCGUUUGGAGAACUGAUGGACAAAAGAAAAAAACGUUGAUAAUGGGAGGAAUGCCAGCACUUAUGCAUGGUGUUUUAAAACCUAUUGCAACAUUUCUUGCUAAAACACCUGUUUCUACUGAUAUGAAUGCAGGUGCCAGCUUUGGCUAUUAUGAAUUUGACAAAGCAUCUAGCCCAAAAGACCAACUAAAAAAGGCUAUUGAUGCAGCAUCUGAAGCUUUUUCAUAUAGUGAUGAAUUAAAAAAUGCAGUGACAGCAGUUGAUGCAUUGCCUGAUUUAUCCCAGGAGA